AUGUCCAAGGAGAAGCACAGCGAGACUACCUGGGCCAAUGGCUUGUUCGAUUGUUGCAGCCCGGGUGGGCUUUGCUUUAAGACGACCUUUUGUCCCUGCAUUACCUAUGGAAAGACUCAGCACCGAAUGAAGCAUGGCAAUUUGAAUGACUACUCAUGCUGCAAUGCAUCUUGUGUCAUCUUUGCUUGCCUUGCGCACUGCGGCCUUACAUGUAUCCCUACCACGAUGCAACGAGGAGACAUUCGCGAAAAACAUGGUCUUGAGGGUGGUUGCUUCGGAGACUUUUGCAAGUCUUGCUGGUGCAACUGUUGCGUCUUGAUUCAAAAUGAGAAGGAGUUGGCACAGCGUGAGGCCCUCUUGAAGGGCUCGUCUGAGCCGUACAGGCCCAAUCCUGGCAUGGUGUACUCAGACGCAGGCGCACAUUAG